CUCCCCCUCCGCCCUCCACGGCGGGAUCCGGGGCGGAUCCAGGCCGGGUUUUGCAGCGGAGCGGUCGAGCAGCGCGUGCUGAUUCUUCAUCUGUCGCCCUCAGUGGUGGUUGGCGGCGGGAGAUCAUGGUGCUGGAAGAACUGUGCGCCGCGCUGUCUGGCGCUUCUGGGGCUGCCCUGGUGUGCUGCUUGGUGGCGGCGGCCGUGGCCAUGCGCUGGUCCCGGCGCAGGAAGGCGCAGGAGGCGGUGGCUCGGGCGCGACGGAGGCAGCAGGCGUCCUUGGACACCAUGGACAAGGCGGUGCAGCGCUUCCGACUCCAGAACCCGGACCUGGACUCUGAAACACUGCUGGCCCUGCCCCUGCCACAACUGGUACAGAAAUUACACAGUGGAGAGCUGUCCCCUGAAGUAGCACUCUUCACCUACUUGGGAAAGGCCUGGGAAGUGAACAGAGGGACCAAUUGUGUGACCUCCUACCUGGCAGACUGUGAGACUCAGUUGUUGGCAGGCCCAAAGCAGGGCCUGCUCUACGGGGUCCCUGUGAGCCUCAAGGAAUGCUUCAGCUAUAAGGGCCAAGAUUCAACUCUGGGCUUGAGCCUGAAUGAGGGGAUGCCAGCCGAGUGCGACAGUGUGGUGGUGCAGGUGCUGAAGCUGCAGGGCGCCGUGCCCUUCGUGCACACCAACAUCCCCCAGUCCAUGUUCAGCUAUGACUGCAGCAACCCCCUCUUUGGCCAGACCAUCAACCCGUGGAGAUCCUGCAAGACCCCAGGUGGUUCGUCGGGUGGUGAGGGGGCCCUCAUUGCGGCUGGAGGCUCCCUCCUGGGGUUGGGCACUGACAUUGGUGGCAGCAUCCGCUUCCCCUCUGCCUUCUGCGGCAUCUGCGGCCUCAAGCCCACAAGCGGCCGCCUCAGCAAGAGUGGCUUGAAGGGCUGUGUCUAUGGACAGGAGGCAGUACACGUCUCAGUUGGCCCCAUGGCCCGGGAUGUGGAGAGCCUGGUGCUGUGCCUGCGAGCCCUGCUGAAUGAGGACAUGUUCCGCUUGGAUCCCACCGUGCCCCCCCUGCCCUUCAAGGAGGAGGUCUACACAAGCUCUCAGCCCCUGCGUGUGGGGUACUAUGAGACUGACAACUACACCAGGCCCACCCCAGCCAUGAAGCGGGCCCUGCUGGAAACCAAGCAGCGCCUUGAGGCUGCCGGCCACACGCUGGUUCCCUUCUUGCCAAGUGACAUACCCCAUGCCUUGGAGAUCCUGUCGACAGGUGGGCUGUUCAGUGACGGUGGCAAGAGCUUCCUGCGGAACUUCAAAGGUGAUUUCGUGGACGACUGCUUGGGGGACCUGGUCUUAAUUCUGAAGCUGCCCAGUUGGCUUAAAAGACUGCUGGCCUUCCUGCUGAAGCCGCUGUUUCCAAGGUUGUCCUCUUUUCUCAGCAACAUGCAGUCUCGGUCGGCUGGAAAGCUCUGGGAACUGCAUCAUGAGAUUGAGCUGUACCGCCAGACUGUGAUUGCUCAGUGGAGAGCGCUGGACCUGGAUGUGCUGCUCACGCCCAUGCUGAGCCCUGCUAUGGACUUGAAUGCCCCAGGCAGGGCCACAGGGGCUGUCAGCUACACCCUGCUCUACAACUGCCUGGACUUCCCCGCGGGGGUAGUGCCUGUCACCAUGGUGACCGCCGAAGAUGAGGCCCAGAUGGAACAUUACAGGGGCUACUUCGGGGAUAUCUGGGACAAGGUGCUGCAGAAGGCCAUGAAAAAGAGCAUAGGGCUGCCUGUGGCCGUGCAGUGUGUGGCUCUGCCCUGGCAGGAGGAGUUGUGUCUGCGGCUCAUGCGGGAGGUGGAGCGACUGAUGUCCUGUGAAAAGCGGCCAUCCUGACUGUAACCCACCUGCCGGCCUGGCUCCAGAGGACCUGGGACCACUCAGUCUAUAGCCCAGCCUCGUCAGGGUAACAAUGCCCUGCAGCAAGGAAGUGUUCAGCAUGGGGCAGAGGCUUCCACAUACCCCUCCACAACUGCCACCAACCCUGCAACAAGAAGCCCAGACUGCCCGAGUCUAUACCUUGCUCCCACCUCUGGUCCCCUCUCAGCCCUGACCCACCCCCCAUGUAGCAGCCAGUAGGUGUGACAUGGGCCAAGGCCCACCAACAACCAAGAAACAGUUCCUCGUC